UUCCUUCCUGCGCGGCUCCAGCGAAUGAUUCAUCCGGAGCGCAGAUCACGUGACCCCGCCUCCUGGCUCAAUCGCUGGGGAGGAGAGGAGCCGAGCCGAGCUGCGGCAGGAAGUGAGCCUUGUUUUCAUUUUUUUUAAUCUCCUCUCCCUUUCUCUCCAUUAUCUCUCACUCACGCACACUCGCUCUCUCCCUCCCCUUUCUCCUCCCCUUCCUCCGCUCCUCCGUCCCCCCCCCUGUUCUCCGUGUCUCUAUCGCGGACGUCAGCCGCGACGACUGCGCCAGAGUCUCGGGAGCUGAGAGAGAGAGAGAGGAGAGAGCGGAACGGAGCACGAGAGCAGAGGAGAGGAGAGAAGCGCCGCUCUCUAGCAGGGGAAAGAAAGGAGGAAUAAGGACCCGGCAGAGGAGAAGAAAGCCCUCCCCUGCUCCCCCCACCCCCCCGCGGGUUCGGGACGGCGAUGGAGGAGGAGGAGGCGGCGGCGGUGCGGGCGAGGGACGCGGCGGGCAACGCUUCCCUCCUGCCGCUGCCCACCCUCAGCCCCGCCGUGCCGCCCUACGUCAAGCUGGGCCUGACGGUGGCCUACACCGUCUUCUACACCCUGCUCUUCGUCUUCGUCUACGCCCAGCUCUGGCUGGUGCUGCACUACCGGCACAAGCGCUUCAGCUACCAGACGGCCUUCCUCUUCCUCUGCCUGGUGUGGGCCGCCCUGCGCGCCGUCCUCUUCUCCUUCUACUUCAGGAACUUCGUCACCGCCAACUCGCUGGGGCCCUUCACCUUCUGGCUGCUCUACUGCUUCCCCGUCUGCCUGCAGUUCUUCACCCUCAGCCUGAUGAACCUCUACUUCGCCCAGGUUGUCUUCAAGGCCAAGUCCAAGUACGCACCAGAACUUCUUAAAUACAGAAUGCCCUUGUACCUGCUGUUCCUAAGCAUCAGCCUCCUCUUCCUCCUGGUGAACCUGACCUGUGCCCUGCUGGUGAAGAUGACCAGCGCCGAGGCCAAGACCAUCGUCCUGGUGCGGGUGGCCAUCAACGACACGCUGUUCGUGCUCUGCGCGGUCUCCCUGUCCCUCUGCCUCUACAGGAUCGCCAAGAUGUCCUUAGCCAACAUCUACCUGGAGUCCAAGGGAACGUCAGUGUUCCAGGUCACUAUCAUUGGAGCUACAGUGAUCCUGCUCUACACAUCGCGAGCCUGCUACAACCUGGUCGUCUUGGCUCUCUCCAACAUCAAGAUCAACUCCUUUGACUACGACUGGUACAACGUGUCUGACCAGGCUGACCUGAAGUCCACUCUGGGGGACGCUGGCUAUGUUGUUUUUGGGGUGAUCCUCUUCGUCUGGGAACUCCUGCCCACCUCUCUGGUGGUCUUCUUCUUCAGGGUCCGCCGGCCGAAACAGGACAGGAGCAGCACAGGAAUCCCCAGCCACGUCUUCUCCUCCAGGGGUUACUUCUUCGACAACCCGCGCCGCUACGACAGCGACGACGACCUGGCGUGGAGCAUCAUCCCGCAGAACGUUCAGGCCAGCUUGAGUGCAGACUGCUAUGACUGGGGCAGUCGGAGCAGCAGCUUCGUGGCCUACAUUGGAACAGAGGAGCCCGAUUCGUCUGCAGCGCCGGAGGAGCUGAACCCGUACUGACACCCCCUUACCCCACCCCCACCCCCCACACCCUCUCUGCACUUUUGCACACAGCCCUUCAGUCCAUAAGCUCCAGGACUUCUCGAAGACACUCAGAUCUCUCCCCAUCUUUCACAUUCAGACAUUUGUGUUUUUUUUACAUUUAUUAUUGUUUUUGAGGUUUUGUGUUUGUUGUCACUUGUCAUAUUUCAAAAGAGAAAAGUGAAGAAAGAGUUUUUUCCCGGACCUACAAUGUGGUGGGGAAGGGGGGUUGUAAGACUUGUUAGUGUGUUGAGUUUCGCCAUGGCAACCUUCUAUUCCCCCAUCUCCUGUUGGGUAUCACCUCUCAUCUUCAUAAAAUAUCACAGUCUGGGUUCUUGCGCUGCCAGGGGUAAGCAACCGAUCCGAUCCUGUCAAGGACCAAUCCGUCUCGGGAUUUUAUGCCAGCCUUCUGCUCUUAAAGGGAACAUCCCCUCAGAACUGAGGAAGAAUGGUCAAAAUGGUCAUUGGUUGUUGAUUUGUAUGAAUGUAUUCGUGUUCAAGGGUAGCCCAGGGUUAAUACAAUUUAGCGUGAAACCCCACACCUAGCCCUACCCCUGACCCCCCCCACCCCCCGCCCCCGAUAUCACCUAAUACAUGGCACUGACCGCUGAAAACGUGAUCAUGACACAGCAUGGUGCUAACGUGUGCAAUAUCACAGAUUCUCUAAACCCACCAGAUAUUCACCGCUGUGUAUAACUUGCACUGAAAGAACAGUCUCCCUACCCUUCAACCUGUAACACUCAUUAAAAGGGCCCGUGUCCACAUGCAAUAUUAGCAAGAGACUGAGCUGUCAUUUUGCACCAUAAACUACUGUUACUGCCUGGAACCUCCUGUAGUUAAGAAGGAAACUCGGCUCCAAUAUCUGGUGAGUCUAAAGAAACUGUGAAACCACUCACUGGCUCCCCCUAGUGGACUGAGAAAGAAGCUCACUUUUGCCAGCAUGUCUGUUGGAUGGGACCAUACACUGAAAAUAUACUUUAUGUAAAUAUCAAUUUAAGCACUCGAUUAUAACAGAUUAUUCUAAUAUCUUAAUGCCUGUGUGAUAAACAUGCCUAAAUUCAAUAAUAACGUUCAUAUCAAUAGACUCAUGGUUUUUGUUUUUGUAAUAUUCUCGCAUAACUUUGUGGCCAUUUUAAUAAAUUUCAACCACGUGGCCCUUUCUCAUCCCAGAUACGUUGAAGGUUCAAGGACUAAAAAGGAUAAAGUUACGAUAUUUUGGUUUUGUUUACGGUGUACAGACUUUGCUGGGUGGUGUUACUGGUUUCCUAAGGAAGAGGGGCAUUUUGUAUGGUAUUUUAUAUGUAUAAUUUCAUUGCAAUAUCAAGUAUUUGUCCUCAGCUUUUGUAUAUCCGCCCACGUUAGCACAUACUGACCCCUGAACUAUGAAUAAAGGACACUUUGUAGUAAGUUUCA